AUGACGCUUCACAUUCCGUACUUCGCGGCGCUCACGACGUACAUCAGCUAUGGCUUCCUCUUCCUCUUCGGCCACAUCCGCGACACCUUUCGCUCGCUGCUUCCGCAGCUCAAGGACACGUUGAAGGUGCGUGGCGGACGGCGUCCCUUGCGUAGGCGAACUCACUGCGCGGCCAUCGGUGCUGGCUCCAUCGCUGCUGCUUGCUCAUCGCCUCAUCCCCGUGCCUCAUCCCCGCGCCUCAUCCCCGUGCGGCCGUGCCUCAUCCCCGUGCCUCAUCCCCGUGCCUCAUCCCCGUGCCUCAUCCCCGUGCCUCAUCCCCGCGCCUCAUCCCCGUGCCUCAUCCCCGUGCCUCAUCCCCGUGCCUCAUCCCCGUGCCUCAUCCCCGUGCCUCAUCGCCGUGCCUCAUCCCCGUGCCUCAUCCCCGUGCCUCAUCCCCAUGCCUCAUCCCCGUGCCUCAUCCCCAUGCCUCAUCGCCGUGCGUGCUGCCGCUGUGCUGUGUGGUGGCAGGGCUACGCACCCCUGUGUCGCGACUUUGAAGACUUCUACACUCGCCGCUUCUACUAUCGCCUUCAGGACUGUUGGAACCGGCCCAUCGCGAGUGCGCCAGACGCAUGGAUCGACGUCGUCAACCGCGACUCACACGACAACAACCAGACCCUCGUGCGCAAGGAGUCAGUGGUGCGGAGUCUGAACCUGGGGUCGUACAACUACCUGGGCUUCGGUGCGCCCGACCCCUUCUGCACUCCCCGUGCCCAGGACUCGCUGCGCCUCUUCGGCUCCUCCACCUGCAGCAGCCGCACCGACGCAGGGACGACUGGGGUGCACGUGGAGUUGGAGCGGUGCAUGGCGGACUUCAUCGGCAAGCCAGCCGCCCUCGUGUACGGCAUGGGCUUCGCCACCAACUCCCUCACCCUGCCCGCCCUCGUUGGCAAGGGGAGUCUGAUCAUCAGUGACUCGCUCAACCACUGCAGCAUCAUCGCGGGAGCACGUGCGUCGGGUGCCGGCAUCAAGGUCUUCCAACACAACGUGCCGGAGAACCUGGAGCAGGUGCUGCGCACGGCGAUAGCGGAGGGGCAGCCGCGCACGCACCGGCCGUGGAAGAAGGUGCUGAUAGUGGUGGAGGGCAUCUACAGCAUGGAGGGCGAGAUCUGCCGCCUGCAAGAGAUCGUCGACAUCAAGCGCAAGUACAAGGCCUACCUCUUCCUCGACGAGGCGCACAGCAUCGGCGCGCUGGGCCGCACGGGGCGCGGCGUGUGCGAGGUGGCGGGGGUGAACCCGGCUGACGUGGACGUGCUGAUGGGCACCUUCACCAAGUCCUUCGGCUCCUGCGGUGGCUACAUCGCCGCCUCCCACGAGCUGAUAGCAUAUCUCAAGGCCACGAGCCCCGGGCACCUGUACGGGACGGCGAUGGCGCCAGCAGCGGCGCAGCAGAUCCUGUCGGCGCUCAAGCUGCUGCUGGGCCACGACGGCUCCUCCAGAGGGCAGGAGAAGCUGGCGCAGCUGAGGGAGAACUGCAACUGGUUCCGAGGGGAGCUGCAGCGCCUGGGGCUGGAGGUGCUGGGCGACGAGGACUCGCCCGUCAUGCCCAUCAUGAUCUACCACCCCGGCAAGAUCGCCGCCUUCUCCCGCGAAUGCCUCAAACGCCAUGUGGCGGUGGUGGUGGUAGGCUUCCCCGCCACGCCUGUGCUGCUGGGCCGCGCCCGCAUCUGCAUCUCCGCCGCUCACACCCGCGCCGACCUUGAGUACGCCCUCAAGGUGCUCGACGAGGUGGCGGACCUGGUGGGGCUCAAGUACAUCCCGCCGCUGCCGCCUCUCCACGCCUCCCCCCACGCCUCCCCCCACUCCUCCCCCUCCAACGGCCCCGUCUCCCCUGGAAUGCCGGACAGCCAUGCCAAGGUCCAUGGGGGGGUGCUGGGUCACGGGAAGGUGGACGAGCAGUGUCGCCUCGACCUUCACACCCCAUGCACGCUUCGUGUGGGCUGGACGGGCCUUGGAAAGGGCGGGAUCUUCUGGCACAUCCUUGUUUGUGAGGGCUGUCUUCACUUCCCCCUCCUAUUUCUUUCCCCCUUCAUGUGCUCCGCUGGCUGCCGCAUAGAAAAUGGCUGCCUGUUCCAUUUCACCUCGAAGCUAGCAGCCACUUUUAUCCCCACUUUAGCCGCCAUGGUGACAUCACCAGAUAAUGGGACGUCCGGUGCUCGACGCAGGCGCCGCAAGAAAGUUCAGAAUCCUCCUGUUCCUAGGCCGUCGCCCAGGCCCGUCAUGCCAACGCUAAGUUCCUCUAGCAGCGAGGAGACAGAUAAGGAGUCCAGCGGUAGCCCACGCCGUCCGUUUCCGCAGGUGAAGGUUCCAGAGUUUCCGGUUUCAAGCCGACCGCGGGGACAAAAGAAGCGGGUGCGCGACGCAGAGACGCCGGAGCCAAGGCGCCGACGAACGCAGAAGGCGCGGAAAGCUUACACUGUCAAGGAAAAGCUUCACUGGGUCAAGAUGCUUGACGUGCAGCCCCCUAUGAGCGUCCGGGGUCUGGCAAGGCUCGCCAAAGUCCAGCCGAAGCAGAUCUGCGGCUUGAAGGAGCAGCUCGACAAAGCGGCAGGGUGUCGCCAACGUCUCACUGGUGCGGGACGAAAGCCCAAGUACCCCGAUAUGGAGGUUGCGGAUGUGUGCAAGGAGGAGCUCGAAGAGCUCAUCCCCAACCCCUUCUACCCUGACCCUGCUGCCCCUUCCAGCAAGGACAGGGAUGCUGCCUCCUCUCCAUCUAAGGAGGAGGAGACGACGGAGGAGGAGGAGGUGGAGGAGGAGGAGGAAGAGGAGGAGGAGGAGGAGGAGGAGGAGGAGGAGGAGGAGGAGGAGGAGGAGGAGGAGGAGGAGGGGGGGGACGAGGAGGAGGAUGAGGAGGGUGAGGAGGGUGAGGAGGAAGGCAGUGCGGAGGUGGAGGGUGGAGUGGGUGAGGAGGAGGAUGGCGAUGAGUGGUGGGCAGAAGGGCGAUAUGAUGGGGAGGAGGCAGAGAUCUGGGUUGCUGGCCAGGAUUAG